AUGUCAAACCCAAACCACGUGGGCUCCAACGAAGCGCGAGCCAUCGGAAGCCCGGCUUCCCAGGAGCAUCUACCCCUUCUGAAGCUGGGACUAGAAGUCGGUAUAUCUAGAAAAGGAUGUCCUCUCGAUAUCGGCUGCAUGUCGCCGCUGGUCUCCGCAGCUUCCGUCUGCACAAACUCCUGA